GCUCCCCGUGAGCGGCGGGGCCGGGCCGGGACCCCCGGGCGGGACCCCCAGGCCGGGAUCCCCGGGCGGGCCAUGGCGGGGAGCGGCGGAGCCGGGGCGGCCCCGCGGGAGCACCGCCUGCAGCCCGGGGACACGCUGCAGGGGCUGGCGCUGCGCUACGGGGUGACGAUGGAGCAGAUCCAGCGCGCCAACCGCCUCUACUCCUCGGACACCAUCUUCCUGAGAGCCACGCUGCUCAUCCCGGGACACCGCGACACCCCCGGGGACACUCCCGGGGACACCGCCGGGGACAUUCCUGGUGACACCGCCGGGGACACUCCCGGGGACGCUCCCGGGGACGGUCCCGGCCCCUCCCGCCGCGACCUCUCGGCCUCGGAUUUCCUGCGGCGCUUGGACGCCGAGAUCGGGCGCUGCAAGGAGGCGGCGGCGCAGCGGCUGCAGGGCCGGAGCUGCAGCCCCGGGCCCGCCGCGGGUGGCCCCGGCCCCGCGUCCCCUCGGGGGGCCCGGCUGGGACCCCGGCCCCUCACCAGGACCCCGCGGGCGGCCGCGCUCAGGGACAGCGAGGACGAGAUCUUCACCUUGUGACACCGGGGACAUUGGGGACAGCGGGGACGAGAUCUUCACCUUGUGACACCGGGGACAUUGGGGACAGCGGGGACGAGAUCUUCACCUUGUGACAUCGGGGACAUUGGGGACAGCGGGGACAGCGGGGACGAGAUCUUCACCUUGUGACACCGGGGACACCGGUGACAUUGGGGACACCCGGGAUCAGAUCUCCACCUUGUGACACCGGGGACGCUGCGAACCCGACCCUGGGGACACCUGGGAUGUGACCCGGGAGGUGCCACCAGAGGUGCCACCGCUCCUCGCUGCCAUGGACGCCGAGGGGACACGGGGACUUUGGGGAGGUGUCCCGGUGUCCCCUCCCUGUCCCCGUCUGGGGCCGCUCCCGGGGCAGCUGGGAGCUCCUGGGGACAGGGACAGGGACAGGGACGGUGACAGUGCCACCUCCCCGUGCCAGCUUGUAAAUAAACCGGAGCAUUGUCA